UGCAGAAGCGACUUCUUUAAAGGGUGACUAGCGAGGAGGGCGUUGACUGACCCGACACUGUACAUCAUCUUCGCUGGGUUGAAAACAAGAUCUGCAACAUGGGCAACGUCCAACCAACUAUUACCCCCUAUGAGGAUUUUGAUGUUGUGGCUGAUAUCAAGGCCAUUCGCAAAUCCUGCAAAGGUUUGGGGACGGAUGAGGAGGCCAUCAUUGAGAUCCUGGCCAAUCGUUCAUCAGCACAGCGCUUGGAAAUCAAGCACGCGUACUUCGAGAAGUAUGACGACGAGUUGGAGGAGGUGUUGAAGAAGGAGCUGACUGGUAGUUUUGAGAUGGCCAUUGUGGCCAUGCUAGAUCCGCCCCACAUCUAUUCUGCCAAGGAGCUGAGGAAGGCCAUGAAAGGGGCGGGCACCGAUGAGGCUGUUCUGGUGGAGAUCCUGUGCACCAGCACCAAUCAGGAGAUCCUGACUUGCCAGGAGGCGUAUGCCCAGGUGAACGAACGUGACCUUGUGGCUGACAUUGAGGAUGACACCAGUGGAGAUGUCAAGAACCUCCUGAUAUCUCUUCUGCAGGCUAACCGAGAUGAAGGCUUCGAGGUGGACGAGGGACUGGCCGAGCAGGAUGCGACCGCUAUGUUUGAGGCAGGAGAGGGUCGUUUUGGAACGGACGAGUCCACCUUCAGUUACAUUUUGACACACAGGAACUACGUGCAGCUUCAGGCCACCUUCAAGAUCUAUGAGCAGCUCUCUGGGACAGAGAUCCUGGAUGCCAUUGACAACGAAGCCACUGGGACCUUAAAGGAGUGUUACAUCACCCUGGUGCGUUGUGCCAAAAACCCUCAGCUCUAUUUUGCCCGUCGCCUGAACGCCGCAAUGAAAGGGGCGGGCACUGACGAAGACACGCUCAUCCGCAUCAUUGUUGGUCGCUCAGAGUUUGACCUGGAGACCAUUAAGGAGAUGUACCUGGAGAAGUAUGAUGUUCCUCUGAAAGAAGCUCUGAGCUCUGAGUGUGGAGGAGACUUCAAACGUCUCCUACUGGAGAUCCUGCACUAAGACCCCUGUUUGUUUCUUUCUGUUCCUCUUAUUCUUUAUCCUUCUUUGACAGUUACACUCCUAAAACACCUGUCUUAUACUUCUACCUCUCUCAUCCUCUUCCUUCUCUCCGGCUCUGACUGCAGCAUGAACCAAAAACCAACCACACCAUCAUGUGUUACUAACACAGACAAAAGAUGUCACUAACUUCUACAUUGAGUUAUGAACAGAAGACUGCCAAGUAGCCUAGGCCGUAUACUGGAUAAUGGCGUAAUCGUCAUAGACCUGAAUUAUAAAUACUGUUCUUAAAACCGAAUAACAUUAUAUUGAUAUACUAUGUUGAUUUUCAUACAUUCCACAGUUGGUUACAUUUGGCCUAUUUGUCAUUCUUUUUUUUCCCUCUUUUUGUCAAAGCUGUGGGAAGUAAAGGUGCUGAGGGCGCUGCAACACCCCUUGGGGGAAAAAGAGGCAAUUUGCUUUAAAAACAAAAACAAAUUAGUAAACUUGUCCUUUACUGCUCCUGUAUCAGUUGAGGAAAAAUACUACUCAACAUCCCCCUGUUCUUAUUCCUUUCUUGUUUGUGGCUGAUAGUUGAUGUUGGCUGUAUCAUUAGUUCAUACCACGUUUACUGUGUCUACCACAUAGUUGCCUUGACGAAGCCUUAAGAGAUGCUUUCCGGUACAUACAGGAUCAUGACAUGGCUCCAUUUUGAAUCCAUCAUUAGGAUUUUUAACCUGUAGGAAAGAAGUUGCCCGGUGUUUAUAGAUUACCUUUUUAGAUCAAAGCCUUCUCUCUUUUGAAAUAUUUACACUGACAAUUAUUUUUUUCUUUCUAAUAAAACUCAAUGGGAAAACAGUAGUAACCAAUUGAAUUAGUUGAUAUAAAUAAGUGGAUGUUAAUGCUUUUAGAGAGCAAUGAGAGCUCUAAAAAUAAUAUAUUAAGGAGGGAAUGCACCAUAGCAUUGAUUGUAGUAUGUCAUUUAAAGGAAAUGUGCAAAUUAAUCGUAAGGCUUCAAGUACAAUCAUGAUCAUGUAGUAUUAAAGGCAACUACUGUAUGGUGAUAUUACAUGGCCUCCUAAAAUGGUAUAUCAAAAAUACCUCUAACUAUCUUGUGAGUGGGCUUCUGUUGUGUCAGCUAUACAGGUGUCAGAACGGUAUUGAUGGCAACCAGGUCAAUGUCAACGACUUGCAUUUUGGAUUAAUGUUAUCCUGAACAUAGCCAAAGAUUUGUGGUUACUGUAAAAUAUAAAGCAUAGCUAUAUUAAACCGAACAAUGCAUGUU